AUGUUGCGACGUUGUAUGAAACGUCCAGUAUUUGAAAAAAUCAAGCACCGUGUGACUCGCAUGGACCACAAUCUUUUUGACGUUAUUUGGCCGUCUUUGCAGAAAUAUCAAACCCUUAACAACAAUAAUAGCUAUUCCUCAAAUCAAAUAAUUAGCGCUAGUAGUAGUAGAUCAAUGCUAGAUAUUGACAACGAUUUUGACGGAAUAGUCGUCGUUCCAGAUUACGAAAGUUACUACGUAUUUUCUGAGCUUCUUGACCCUUUGAUCCGUAACCUGCAUUGCGUGACCGCAACCGGGGAGCUUCCAGAUCAACCUCCGCCAUCUUUUUUCUUCGACCCCGAGGAAUUGGACGAAAACGACAACAUAAGUGAUAACAUAACAGCGAUCGCUGGCUUCGAUAUCGACCCUACGGGCAAAUAUAUAUCAGCUGGAACCAUCGACGCCUGUCGGAAUUUGGAAGCCUUCCCACUGCCGCUGACCCUGACGAUAAACCAACUCGAGGAAACGGAGAAACAGAUAACCGGGGUCCUGAUUGGCGCCGAAGUUUCCCUGAUUAUGGCAGAGGGCAGCAGUGAAGACGAAGGGGGAGUUUACUACACAUUAAAUGAAGUCCUAGAGAGGCCCAGUGACAUCAGAAUGCGGCUCGCUGCCGCGGGGUUACUGGUCCCGAUUAACGAAACGGAAAUGAGCGACGAAAAACGACUGCAUGGGCGCCACUGGCCCUACGGCCGUGGGGUCUACGUCGCCAGCGCAGGAGAUGUCGCAGUCUGGGUCAAUGUCCAGGACCAUUUGAGAAUAAUUGCAUGCACUUCCGAAAAUAAACCCGGGCAAAUUGGAAAAACCUAUGUCCGAAUCGCUAAAAUCUUGACCAUUUUGGACAAAAAGUUCAGGUUCAAAAGGGACAAGAAGUUGGGGUUUCUCAGCGCGAGACCUUCCGCGGUAGGAAACACUCUGAGGUUCAGUGUCAUUAUAAAACUCCAGGGUCUGUCCAAAAAAAUGGAUAAUUUGAAAGAGUUGUGUAUUGUCAGGGGCCUUAAGCCCAUGGAGACAAUGCGCAGUGACACUUUUAAAUUGAGUAACCAGCAGUGUUUGAGUAUCACUGAGCUACAGACGCUUCAGGAUUUCAUUAACGCGGUUGUCAGUAUUAUUGGAUUGGAAAAAGAGAUGAUUUUAAGCAAUUCAAUGAAUAUCGCAUCAUUAAUUGUCAAUAUGUUCAAGAAAAAAUCGUCAGCACGAAAAUUUAGGGGAUAA